AUGAAGGAGGCUCAGCUGCGGUUAUCUUGGGCGGAGGAGCAUCUCCUCUCCAUUCGGGCCGAACACAUCGCAGGCACCGACAACGUCACGGCAGAUUGGCUGAGCAGGUCACAAGUGGAUCAUGCGGAGUGGGAACUACAUCCAACCCACUUCUGGGAGCUCACCCGACGGUUCGGAGCACCAGUGGUCGACCUCUUCACCACCACCAACAACAAAAAGGUCCCUCGGUUUUACACAAGGUUCCCUAAGAUGUUGAAUGGCCUGGGCGCCGAGCAGAUGGCAGACGCCAUCUUGAGGUCCAAUUUGGAGCGAAAAGCAAUAAUUUUUGUAUCUCAUAACACUUUUCUCUGGUGCUUUAGUCCAAAGGAGAUUCUUCCUCUGAAGUCUGUAAAGAAAGAGAAAGAACAGAAGAGACCACGACACUUGCUUACAGACCUCCCACUUCCUCCAGAGCUUCCUGGUGGAGACCCUUCACCGCCAGAGUCUCCAGAACCAAAGUCAGUCACACCGCUUCAGCAGUCAUUGAGAAAGAGACCAAAAAUCUGUUGCCCUCGUUAUGGUGAGAGGAGACAGACAGAAAGUGAUUGGGGAAAGCGCUGUGUGGACAAAUUUGAUAUUAUUGGUAUUAUUGGUGAAGGAACAUAUGGGCAAGUGUACAAAGCCAAGGACAAGGAUACAGGUGAAUUGGUGGCUUUGAAAAAAGUAAGGCUGGACAAUGAAAAGGAAGGCUUCCCUAUUACAGCUAUCCGUGAAAUCAAGAUCCUCAGACAAUUGAUUCACCAGAGUGUUGUCAACAUGAAGGAAAUUGUUACAGACAAACAAGAUGCACUGGAUUUCAAGAAGGACAAAGGUGCAUUUUAUCUUGUAUUUGAAUAUAUGGACCAUGACCUCAUGGGAUUGCUAGAAUCUGGGCUGGUGCAUUUCUCAGAGGACCAUAUCAAAUCAUUCAUGAAGCAGUUGAUGGAGGGACUGGACUACUGUCACAAAAAAAACUUUCUUCAUCGCGAUAUCAAAUGUUCCAACAUCUUAUUAAACAACAGGUAACAAUGUGAAUUUAUUUUGUAUUGGAUAGUGAAACCACACUUGGAAUACUGUGUCCAGUUCUGGUCACCAUGAAAAAAAAAA